AUGCCAUUUUUUACACUACUUAUGGUCGAUCCUGAUGCGCCUCGGCGAGGCAAUGAAAUAGCUGGUCCAUGGUUACAUUGGAUUAAAGCUUCGUUCAAAGGAGACAAUGUUGAUAGUGGCACAACUCUUGCUGAUUAUCAAGGUCCAACACCACCGGAUGGCACUGGUCCACAUCAUUUUCGUAUGAAUUGCAUAAUGAUUAUUAAUAGUUGGAUAAUAAGUUGUAUUAUUGCUGUUAGUUUGCUUAUUUCACCAGUAGCUUAUCAAUAUGAAGAUGAAUCUCGUGUAUGUACUUUAACAAGAAAAAACUUUCUCAUAUCAUUUCUAGGUGCCAUCAUCAUUUUUCUAUUUCCAAUGAUUACAAUAACAAUUCUCUAUGGAAUUAUUAUUUGUCAUAUUAAACAACAUAAUCAGAUUAAUCUAAGAAGUCUAAGUGCACGACGAUUGAAGAGAAAUAUGAAAGUAUUUAAAAAUAUUUUUAUUUUUACAAGUAUUCUUGGAAUUGGUGGUACACCUUAUUUAAUCUCUACAAUUGUCAAUAGAAUAGUACCAAUUCCAUGGCCAUUAUAUUCAAUAUCAUUUUUAUCCAUUGCAUGUAGUUCUGCUAUUGGAUCAAUAGCAAUUUUACUGACAAAUGAACAAUCUAAAUCAAUCUUUUGUGCUAAACUUCGUCGCCAUCAAUUACUCAUAACAAAAGAACCUAUGAAUAAAAAAUUAAUUAGAAUCAAUCAAAUUGCAGUUUAUCAUAAUAAAACAGAACGAAUUAAAAUAUUAUCAACAAUCAAAUAA